ACAAAAUAUCUAUUUGCUGCUAAAAAAUAAGUUUCUAUAAAAUAGGUUUUUAAUUCUCCCGAGAUUCAUACAUUGAUACGCAUUUACAAGAGUUGAACAAAAUGAACAAAGUUUUUCUCUGUGCUACGAUAAUCGUUGCUUUUGUGGCAUUCUCAAAUGCAGAGUGUCCAAAGGCAAAAUGCAAAAUGGCUUGUCCAAAUGGAUUUGAAAAGGACAAAGAUGGCUGCGAAGUUUGUAAAUGCAAAAAACCAGAAUGUCCAAAAGUACAAUGCCGCAUGAAAUGUGCCGAUGGAUUUGAAAAGAAUAAGAAGGGAUGCGAAAUUUGUAAAUGCAAAACUAAGAAAGUUUGUCCUGCUCGAAAGUGCAUUUUUCCAGGAAAGAAACGCCGAUGCAGAAACGGCUUCGAAAAAGACGAAAAUGGUUGCAAAACAUGCGAUUGCAAGUGUCCACAUGCAAGGUGCACCAAAUUUUGCUUCCGAGGAUACAAAAGAGAUGAAGAUGGCUGCCGACUUUGUGAGUGCAAACCUGUGGUUUGUCGCAAACGAAAAUGCACCAGAAGCUGCAAGAAUGGCUAUAAAGUAAACAGAUAUGGUUGUCAAACUUGCUACUGUAACAGGUGUCCACCACUUUGUAGAAUGAAAUGUGAAAAAGGUUUUGUACGAAAGAAUGGAUGUCGAAUCUGCAAGUGUAGAGAAUGAAGAUUUCAACAUCACAAUGAAUGUUAUUUUAGUUGAAAUAAAUUUAACGUGAUAAAAACAGUUUUCA